AUGAACUUCCUCACCGCGCCCCUCAUCGCCGACCUCUUCCUGCUCGCCUGCACGGCCAUCGGGCGCGAGGAAGUCGAGGCCGGCACCUACGGCGCCGACCAUAUCCAGCCCAUCUACAUCAUGCUCUUCUUCAUCUCGCUGGCCUACAUCGCCAUCUCCAUCGACGCCUCGGGCCUGAUUCGCUGGCUGUCGCUCAAAGUGCUGCAGAAGGGCGGCAGCAGGGGCCAUCUGCUCUACUUCUACCUCUACUGCUUCUUCUUCUCCCUCGCUAGCUUCAUCGGCAACGACCCCAUCAUCCUCUCCGGCACCCCCUUCCUGGCCUACAUGACGCGCGUCUCGGCCAACAUCCGCGACCCUGAGGCGUGGAUCUUCACUCAGUUCUCCGUGGCGAACGUCGCUUCCGCCAUCCUGGUGUCUUCGAAUCCCACCAAUCUCGUGUUAUCCGGGGCCUUCAACAUCAAGUUCAUCGUCUACACGGCGAACAUGAUUGUCCCGGUGGUGGUGACGGCCAUCCUCUACUUCCCCUUCUUACUCUACUACGUCUUCCGCGAUGAUGCCUUGAUCCCCAAGAAGAUCCAAAUGCACGAGCUGCCGCCUGGCGAGCGCAAGACACCUGUCAAUCCCAAUGUGCCCUUUUCCAAGGGCAUCGCGCCCGAAGACGAAGACAAGGAUACUGAGGAGGCGAGAUUGCUCUCCUUGGAAGAAGUCAUCAAUCCGUAUCUGGACAAGAGGAGUGCCAUUUUCUCAGCGUCUAUCAUGGCCGUCACGCUGGUCGCCAUUUUGGCGGUGAACGCUUCGAGUAAGGAGGAGCAUCCAGUUUUCUGGAUUACGUUGCCUGCGGCUGUCAUUGUUUUCACUUGGGAUAUGAGCUGGGGUUGGAAGCACAGGCAUGAAACGCGAAAGGUUGCUGCGGAGGGGAGGAGGAAGAUCGAGGAGAGGAAGCGGGAAGAUGCGAGGGAGAUUUUCAAUGAAAAGGAUGGUCAGCGUGAGGAUGUAGCGGUCGACGGGCAGCUCUCCUCGCAGCAGAAGGUCGAGCAAUCAGCGGACGCUCGACCCAUUCCCGAUUCAGACCCAUGCGACUACGACUCGUCCACCGCCACCGGCACAGAAACAAAGUCCGACUCGAGCCUCUCCCACGACAAACCAGUGCACGAUACCCCUGAUGCAAACGAAGCGGCCGAGACGCGAGGGAACGGAGAAGCCGACGAGAAAGUGGAAGCGGUCGCAUACGAGGGCCGCACCAAGCGGCGCACCGAUCUCGAGACCCUCAUGGCCGAGCGAUGGGUCUGGGCGCGAGACACCUUCCCCACCGCCACCUCCGUCCUCUCGCAUCUCCCCUUUCCCCUCGUGCCGUUCAGCCUGUGCAUGUUUGUUCUCGUGCAGGCUUUGGUGUCGCGCGGCUGGGUGACGGUCUUCGCCUGGGGCUGGAACGACUGGGUCCAGAAGACGGGCACGGUGGGCGCCAUAGGAGGCAUGGCGUUCAUCUCCGUCCUACUAUGCAACUUCGCCGGCACCAACAUCGGCACCACCAUCCUCCUCGCCCGCGUCGUGCAAGAAUGGGUCUCCAUCCACGAGACCUCGGGCAACUACAUUUCGCAGCGCACCUUCUGGGCGACCAUCUACAGCAUGGCGCUCGGCCUGAACUACGGCGCCUUCAGCACGGCCUUUAGCGCCUCGCUGGCGGGCCUGCUGUGGCGCAGUAUUCUGGCGGCCAAGGGCAUCCCCGUGUCGGCGCGGCGGUUUGCGAUUGUGAAUGUCAGGUUGAUUGCGUUUACGAUGGUUGUGGGUUGCGCGGUGUUGAUUGGGGAGGUGUAUAUUGUGCGGAAGGAUGUGCCGUAUAGGAUGCAGUCUUCGGCGGGCGGAGGUUGA